AAAAAGCAGUCAACAGCGCCUUCUGCUGGAGAAAGAUUUAUAACUUUUCAAGAUGGCUACUCUUUCCAGCAUAUUACCAGCACCAGUGCAGAGAUUUGAUAGGGAAGAUGAAGAAAAGCAGUACAGGGCCCAAAUGCAGGUGUUACCUGUUACUAGCAACCGAACUGCUCCUCCUUAUGGUCACAGAAAAGGUUGGGUUCCCAGAACACCAGAGGACUUUGGAGAUGGUGGUGCCUAUCCUGAAAUUCCAGUUGCUCAGUAUCCCCUGGGAAUGGGGAAAAAACAGACUUCUUCAAAUGCCUUGGCUGUUCAAUUAGAUGCUGAAGGAAAAAUAAAAUAUGAUGCGAUUGCUAGGCAGGGACAUGGUAAAGAUAAAGUGAUUCAUUCACGUCCUCAAGAUCUUCUGCCUAAACCAAUAGAUGAUGAUGAUCCCUCAUUACAAAAGCCUUCUGAAGAGGCUGUUGAAGAAACCACAGAAAAGACCAGAUUAGCAUUGGAAAAGUUGGUUUCUGUAAAGAUCAGUGCUGCGAUGCCAGUGAGGCAUGCAGAGAAACAAGCACCAGCUCAGUAUAUUAGGUACACACCAUCACAACAAGGAGUAGCAUUUAACUCAGGUGCUAAACAGAGAAUUAUUAGAAUGGUUGAAGCACAGAAAGAUCCUAUGGAGCCUCCUAGAUUUAAAGUCAAUAAGAAAAUUCCUAGGGGACCCCCUUCUCCUCCAGCACCAGUGAUGCACUCACCAAACAGAAAAGUGUCAGUUAAAGAACAACAGGACUGGAAGAUACCUCCUUGCAUUUCAAACUGGAAAAAUAAUAGAGGUUACACAAUACCUCUAGACAAGCGUCUAGCAGCUGAUGGCAGGGGGCUUCAGGGUGUUCACAUCAAUGAAAAUUUUGCCAAAUUAGCAGAAGCCUUAUACAUAGCAGAUAGAAAGGCCAGAGAGGCUGUGGAGAUGAGAGUGAAUUUGGAAAAGAAUAAAGUAAAAACUAUUAAGGAGAAAAAAGAACAAAACUUGAGACAGUUGGCCCAGAAAGCCAGGGAGGAACGAGCAGGCAUUCGCAGAGAGGAUGUUGGAGAUAAAGAAGAUACUGCUGCUGCUGAGAGAGAUGACUUAAGGAAAGACAGAGCGAAGGAAAGACAAAGAGAGAGAAACAUUGCUAGAGCUGCACCAGAUAAACGAAAUCGACUACAGAGAGACAAAGAAAGAGAUAUUAGUGAAAAAAUUGCACUUGGAAUGCCCAACCCAGGAGCUGGGGGUAGCAGGGAAACUCAGUUUGAUCAGAGGCUUUUUAAUCAAUCCAAGGGCAUGGAUAGUGGUUUUGGUGACGAUGAAGCCUACAACGUAUAUGACAAACCAUGGCGUGUAGAAGGAACUAUUUCCAAGUCCAUUUAUCGCCCAUCUAAGAAUUUAGACAAUGAUCUUUAUGGUGAUGACCUAGAAACAAUAAUGAAGCAGAAGAGGUUUGUUCCUGACAAAGACUUCGAAGGCACAGACAGGAACCGCAGGCGAGAAGGGCCAGUUCAGUUCACCAAAGAUGUUGAGGAAGAUCCUUUCAAUUUGGAUAGGUUUAUUACGGAGGCUAAGAAGGGUCAAAAGAGGUCGGCAGCAGAUGAAUCUCGAUCAUCAAGAGAUUAUGAUAGCAAAAGUAGUAGCAGCAACAAGAAGCGGAGAGAAUGAGAUGUUUUUUUUACCGAUAUGUUUUGUCUUAUUGCUGAGGUCGAACAUUACAUUGAUGUGUUAAUUUAGUACAAAUGAUGUUGUUUUCACUUUGGCUGUUGCUCCAUUUAAAGUUUAUUCUCAUCUGUACAAAUCUCAGUACAUUAUGAUCAUGUAAAUACUGUCUGAUUUUUAAUUGUAAGAAUGCACUUGAGAUAUAUUUUUGAAUGAAAAUGAGGACACAGUUAUAGAAUAACUUGUUAUAAAGUUAAUAUUUUGAAUGUAGCAUUAACACAAUUGAUAUGAGGGCAUCAGUGAGACUUUUUAUUGCAUUCCCUAUUUGUUCUGGGUGAAACCACAAUUUUUAAUCUGUUGUUAGUGGUUUCUUAAGGAAAUAGUAUGUUUGCAAAUGAGUACCAACUUAAUGAUGUUAAGUCUUUAUAUUUUUUAUUAAAAAGGAAGCUAAUUUAAGAAAUUUAAAUCAUUUAAACAAGUCAUUGUUUAAAAGACUUUGAUUCCUUUUUGCUUAUGGCUGUAAACGCCUGUGACUUAAGAUAAUGAAUACAUUCUAAUUAAAAAUUAAUCUGUCAUGUGCCAGGUGCAAGAAUAUUUCCAGAGCUAUUAUUUAAAUCUCAACCUUUUUAGAAGGUACAUACAUUUUAAAAAAAACUAUUGAAAACAGCUGAUUUAGUCUCCUAAUUUCAAUCUUUCUACUGAAGCAGUUUAAUACAAGACUCCAUACCACAUCACAUGUCGAAUUAGUUAUGCUUGAUAAAUGCUGUAUUUUUGUUAUUCAUAAAACUGAAUUCAAAUUCCCUAAAGAACCAUUUCUAUUUUAGUAAAUGUUGAAAGCCAUCUGCCUGAUUCAGGCAAGGUAAAUAUAACUCCAAAGGCUGAUAAAGGUCAAACACAGGUUAAAAUUCUGUUUGGUAAACUAUUAAAUAAAAACUCAAAAGAUUUUCUUACUUGUUAACAGAUAUUGAGAGCUUAGAAAAAUAUAUAAAUUCCCUACAGACAUUGUAUGAAUAGUUCUUGUAAAUAAAAUGUAUAACAUUCAA